AUGGCGGCGGGCAGCGGGGUGCCGAUCGUGGCCCGGUUGGAGGGCCGCGAGUUCGAGUACCUAAUGAAGAAGCGCUCGGUGACCAUAGGCCGCAACUCGUCGCAGGGCUCGGUGGACGUGAGCAUGGGCCACUCAAGCUUCAUCUCCCGCCGGCACCUGGAGAUCUUCACGGCCGGCGGCGGGGACGGUGAGGGCGGCGGGGAUUUCUACCUGCGCUGCCUGGGCAAGAACGGGGUGUUCGUGGACGGCGUGUUCCAGAGGAGGGGGGCCCCGCCGCUGCAACUACCCCGAGUAUGCACCUUCAGGUUUCCGAGCACAAACAUCAAGAUCACGUUCACAGCUCUGGCCAGUGACAAGAAAGAGAAGCAGGAGGCGCCCGAAUCCCCCGUUAAGCCGGUGCAGCCGCAGAUCUCCCCCCUGACCAUAAACAUUCCAGAGAACAUGGCCCAUCUGAUCAGUCCUCUGCCCUCCCCUACAGGAACUAUAAGCGCUGCAAACUCUUGCCCCUCCAGUCCGCGGGGUGCAGGGUCGUCGGGGUUCAAAAUGGGCCGAGUCAUUGCUUCAGACCUUCACUUAAUGACAGAAAACUCCCAGUCUGAGAAUGACAAGGAGGCCUCGGGAGGAGACAGCCCCAAGGAUGACUCGAAGCCCCCGUACUCCUAUGCACAGCUCAUAGUUCAAGCGAUCACUAUGGCUCCCGACAAACAGCUGACGUUAAACGGAAUCUACACACACAUCACAAAGAACUACCCGUACUAUCGAACCGCAGAUAAAGGGUGGCAGAACUCCAUACGUCACAACCUCUCCCUGAACCGAUACUUUAUCAAAGUCCCCCGAUCGCAGGAAGAGCCUGGCAAGGGUUCAUUUUGGAGGAUAGAUCCAUCCUCUGAGAGCAAGUUAAUAGAGCAGGCGUUUAGGAAACGCAGGCCGCGGGGAGUUCCUUGCUUCAGGACCCCUCUAGGACCUCUCUCCUCAAGGAGUGCACCAGCGUCUCCAAACCACUCCGGAGUUUUAUCGGCCCAUUCUAGUGGCGUCCAGACCCCAGAGAGCCUGUCCAGAGAAGGUUCCCCCGUCCCUCUGGAUCCUGAACCUUCCAUCCAGCCAAAGCUCGCAGUGAUCCAGGAAGCGCGGUUUGCACAGAGCGCUCCAGGAUCUCCGCUCUCCAGCCAGCCGGUCCUCAUCACUGUGCAACGGCAGCUCCCACAAACCAUGAAACCGGUCACGUACACGGUGGCCACGCCGGUCACCACCUCCACGUCCCAACAGACGGUCAUGCAGACCGUGCAUGUUGUGCACCAGAUUCCAGCGGGAUCGGUGACCGGCGUGACAGGCCUGACCCCGGUCAGCACCUAUACUGUGGCAGGGCAAGCGGUGGUCGCGCAGGCUGCUGUGAUGGCCCAACCCAAGCUAGAGCCACAAGAGAACGGAGACCACAAAGAGGUCAAAGUUAAAGUAGAAGCGAUCCCCGCGAUCGGCCACCCGGCGAUCAGCCACCCCACUCUCAGCACGGCGAGCCGAAUCAUCCAGACGUCUGCGUCGGCUCCCCUCCAGACGGUUACUAUCGUUCAGCAGACACCUCUAGGUCAACACCAGCUCCCGAUCAAAGCCGUGACGCAGAACGGGACACACGUGGUCCCGAUCACCGCUGCCAUACAGGGACAGGUCACCGCAGCGAACGCCAUCUCCUCGCUGAUUGAGAGUCCCUGGCAGUGGAGAGGAAGUGGAAACAGAGCCGCAGCGAGCCCGCUCCACAUGCUGGCGACGCACGCCUCCGCCUCGGCCUCCCUCCCAACCAAGAGACAGAACGGAGACCAGACCGAGCAGCCCGACUUGAAACGGGGCAAAACUGGAGACCGAGAAGAAUUGGUGAUUGCCGUCAACCUCGACGCCCAAAAAGAGGGAACCGCCGCGUCAAACAACCAGGACGCCAAAAAAUAGGACCUGUGACGUCAUUUUUCUUUUUCUUUUUCUUCUUUGUUCUCAUUGUGUGUUUUUUGUUUAUGUUUGGAAGUUACACACAUUAGGAAACGCAGAAGAAAAGGUGCCAAAAGCAGACACUGUCUUAUCAAACGGGGCCCUGUGGAAAAGAUACGAACUUAGUAGAUCAGCACUGAAAUAUAACACAGGCGGCCUUAGGAACUUUUAACAAUUUCCAAAAAAACAAACAAAAAAAAUAAACCAGGAUCCAAACCGCGACGAGGGCGUACUGUCUCUUCCCCGGUUAUUGUAAAGGCUGCUCCUCUCCGUUGGCUCGGUACCCGCUAGCGAGGAACACGGCGGCUCUUAAAUGACUGCAUUCGUAGAAGCGUUGUUACUGAAUUUUAUUUUUAGUUUUCCCCCCCCCUGAUACUGAGCACAUUAUUGUGGUUUCGCAUGAUAAGCGCUUGGUGUGGACUGGAUAAGAUUUCUAAAAAACCUUUUUUAAAAGGGAGAAGCGAUGAUUUCCACCUUGUCGGCAGCUAGCCUCCUUUUCUUUUCUUUUUUUCCACUACCGAGCUAGGCAAGAGCUCGGUGCUGGUUGUGAAAGGGUUAAUACACCUUCUAUUGCGUUUGUUUUGCAGUAUUUUGUGCUACACCAAUUUUUAAUUAUUUUUUUUGCUUUCCAACCUCAGAGACGGUCUUACAUUUCACCGUUUUCUACCCAGACUACUUUAUAUUGCAAAUCAGCGUUCAUGCUUUUUUUUUUUUCUUCUUCAUAAAACUGAAUGUAGAUUUUUUUUUUAUAUUUGCGUUAGGUUUUUUUUUUUCUUUUUUAGAUUGCCCCCCCCCCUUUUUCAGUCUGUCCGAGUAAACGCUACAUUACUACACUUGUAUUUGUAUUAUUUUAGCCUAACAAACGCUACCCCAUUGUUUUUUGUGUUUUUUUUUUUUUGUUUUUUUUUUGUGGUGAUCAAAAAUAUUUUUUAAAUAUUUUUUGGGCGUGCAUGUAAAAGACUUUUUGGGAAGAAGAAAAGGAAAAAGAAGAAAAAAAACAAAACAAAAUCCAAAUCAAGACAUUUAACAAAUUGUAAAGAAACUGCUAUGAGUUUUGAUGAGAGCUGCACUUAACUCCUCCCCCUUCCAUUUUCUGCCCUAUCAUGUCCUCCCGUCACUCCCCUCCCACCACUUCUAGAUUAAAUCGUCUCGGCUUCAUAUUGUGUAUGUUUAAAAGGCAGAAGCAAUUGUUGAGCUCCCACUUAGAGAAGAAAAACAACAAAAAAAAAAGAACCUCAAGAUUUAAAACAAAAAUAUAAUAAAAAAAAUUGUAAAGCAAUCGUGUCCGGGGUAAAUCUGAAAGUUUUUUUUGUUUUUUUUUAACCAGCUUCGCCGUCGUUGACCAAUCGUUUAGUUUAAUGACACCGUUUUAUUUUUGUUUUAUUGUUCAUGCUGCUUUAUAGUCUCCACCAAUCCAGCAGGACCUCGCUAAGGACAGGGGCCGCCUGGCACAUUUACAGGGUCAUAUUUUUAUUUUUUUUGGGGACCAUUAAGAUAUUUAUACUCUUGAAAUGAAUAGAGCCAAGAGUAUAAACUUUUCACAAGAUAUCUGCUUUGUUACAAGAGGGGCGGUUGAUGCUUUGGGCUCAGAUUCCGCAGAAUCUGGUUCUUUUUAAUAGUUUUCUCAUCGCCAUUAAAUGACACCGGACUCUCCUCCUAA